AGGGUGUGUAUUUGUCCACUGCUUAAUGGGUGUCAGUCGCUCUGCGACAUUGGUGCUGGCCUUCCUCAUGAUCGUCGAGGGUUUGAGUCUGGUGGAGGCCGUGGCUGCCGUUAAGCCGCACAGAGACAUCUAUCCUAAUCCUGGUUUCCUACAACAACUCCGCAGUCUAGAUAUGAGUCUGGAGAGGGAGAGGAGAAGACAACGACAGCCGAAGACACUAGGGCAGUCAACCCAGGAGGACGAGGAAGAAACGCUAUCUCUCCCAGAGCUGAGACAAAUUGUCUGGGUGAACAGAAAACCAGUGACAGCUGUCAAUCAAGUCUGGCCACAGCUCUACAUUGGAGAUGAGUCUGUGGCACGAGAUAAAACCACACUCUCAUCUCUGGGCGUCACUCACAUUCUUAAUGCCGCAGCAGGUCGACACAGGAUCAACACGGGUCAGCAGUUCUACACUGACCUCGGAGUGGAAUACCAUGGUGUUGAGGCUGCAGACCAUCCGGAGUUUAACCUCCGACCCUUCUUCAGCACAGCUGCACAGUUCAUAGAUGGAGCACUGAGGAAAAAUGGGACGGUGUUUGUCCACUGUGCCAUGGGCGUGAGUCGCUCUGCAGCUCUGGUUUUGGCUUAUCUGAUGAUCGAACAGAGACUGUCGUUGGUGGAAGCCAUUAUUGCUGUUCGGCUCAACAGAGACAUCGGACCUAACUCUGGUUUUCUGGAGCAGCUGAGGGAACUGGACCUGAUCCUCCAUCAACAGAGAAGAAAAAUAAGAGUGAUCUGAUGAUGAUGACAUGAACCAAAAAAAAAAAGUUUCAAAAACAACAAAAACAACACUAAGAUUUUAGUAAAAUGAACAUGGAAAAAUAAUGUAAUUCCUCUUCUGUUUUCAUUUUAACUGUUUUCUUGACAUACUAUUUCUUUACCACUUAUAUCACAAAUAGAAAUGACAUUUGUUAGUCGUUUGUCUCAGAGUGUAGGUCAGCAGAAAACAAUCUGACAACACAACACCAAGAAAUACUUUGCUGAAAAUAAUCAUGACAAAUACCUAGGGGGCGUUCACACGACUGUCCAUUCAUUUCUGUCAUUACACUGACAACAAUAAAGCACGUUGUUGUUUACAAAGUUCUGUUUGGCAUGC